UAGAAAAUGCAGCAUUUCCUCUCAGAUGCCAGAUAUUCAUCUCCAAAGGUAUUAAAAGGAGGGGGUGUGUGCCUGUGUAAAGAGGCUGCUCUUUUCCCAGCAGUACGACUUGGGCAAGUUGCUUGAUUUCUUCAAGCCUUUCUUUUUCCGCCUGUCAAACAAAACAAAACAAAUAUCCCAUAUAGGACAAAUUCACAAUCCUUAAAGAGGGCGGGCAGAGCGAUUGGAAUGCAGAUGAACCAAUCGCGUCUCCUGCAGGUUGCGGAGCGGCAGAGGGACCCCGCCCCCUGCAUUGUGCUUAGCUCUGAUUGGCGCCUCUCGGAGGGGCGGGGCCUGGGCGCGCCGGGCUCACGCUGGGUCCCUGCAGGUCUUGGGGCCCGGGACUCUGGCUGGAGACACCGCCAUGGCCCGGCUAUCCCGCGGAUCCGCGCGCGCACUGCUCGCCGCCCUGCUGGCGUCGACGCUGUUGGCGCUGCUCGUGUCGCCCGCGCGGGGUCGCGGCGGCCGGGACCACGGGGACUGGGACGAGGCCUCCCGGCUGCCGCCGCUGCCACCCCGCGAGGACGCGGCGCGCGUGGCCCGCUUUGUGACGCACGUCUCCGAUUGGGGCGCUCUGGCCACCAUCUCCACGCUGGAGGCAGUGCGCGGCCGGCCCUUCGCCGACGUCCUCUCGCUCAGCGACGGGCCCCCGGGCGCGGGCAGCGGCGUGCCCUACUUUUACCUGAGCCCGCUGCAGCUCUCCGUGAGCAACCUGCAGGAGAAUCCAUAUGCUACACUUACCAUGACUUUGGCACAGACCAACUUCUGCAAGAAACAUGGAUUUGAUCCACAAAGUCCCCUUUGUGUUCACAUAAUGCUGUCAGGAACUGUGACCAAGGUGAAUGAAACAGAAAUGGACAUUGCAAAGCAUUCGUUAUUCAUUCGACACCCUGAGAUGAAAACCUGGCCUUCCAGCCAUAAUUGGUUCUUUGCUAAGUUGAAUAUAACCAAUAUCUGGGUCCUGGACUACUUUGGUGGACCAAAAAUCGUGACACCGGAAGAAUAUUAUAAUGUCACAGUUCAGUGAAGCAGACUAUGGUGAAUUUAGCAACACUUAUGAAGUUUCUUAAAGUGGCUCAUACACACUUAAAAGGCUUAAUGUUUCUCUGGAAAGCGUCCCAGAAUAUUAGCCAGUUUUCUGUCACAUGCUGGUUUGUUUGCUUGCUUGUUUACUUGCUUGUUUACCAAUAGAGUUGACCUGUUAUUGGAUUUCUUGGAAGAUGUGGUAGCUACUUUUUUCAUAUUUUGAAGCCAUUUUCAUAGAGAAAUAUCCUUCACUAUAAUCAAAUAAGUUUUGUCCCACCAAUUCCAAAGAUGUUUCCAGUGGUGCUCUUGAAGAGGAAUGAGUACCAGAUUUAAAUUGCCCAUUGGCCUUUGAAGGUAGUUGAGUAUGUGUUCUUUAUUCCUAGAAGCCACUGUGCUUGGUAGAGUGCGUCACUCACCACAGCUGCCUCCUGAGCUGCCUGAGCCUGGUGCAAAAGGAUUGGCCCCCAUUAUGGUGCUCCUGCAUAAAUCUUGCCAAGAUAGACAAACAAUGAUGAAACUCAAAUGGAGCUUCCUACUCAUGUUGAUUUAUGUCUCACAAUCCUGGGUAUUGUUAAUUCAACAUAGGGUGAAACUAUUUCUGAUAAAGAACUUUUGAAAAACUUUUUAUACUCUGAAGUGAUACUCAGAACAAAAGAAAGUCAUAAAACUCCUGAAUUUAAUUUCCCCACCUAAGUCGAGACUGUAUUAUCAAAACACAUGUGCACACAGAUUAUUUUUUGUUCCCAAAACUGGAUUGCAAAAGAAAGAGAAGAAUAUUUUGUGUGUUCCUGGUAUUCUUUUAUAAGUAAAGUUUACCCAGGCAUGGACCAGCUUCAACCAGGGACAAAAUCCCCUCCCAAACCACUCUCCACAGCUUUUUAAAAAUACUGCUACUCUUAACAGUUACCUAAGGCUUCCUCAACUGCUCCAAAUCUCUUAAUAGCUUCUAGUGCUGCUACAAUCUAAGUCAGGUCACCAGAGGGAAGAGAACAUGGCAUUAAAAGUAUCACAUCUUCAGAAGAGAAGACACUAACAUUAUUACCCAUAUACAUGAUUUCAGAAGAUGACAUAAGAUUCCUCUUAAAGAGGAAAUGUCAGGAAUCAAGCCACUGAAUCCUUAAAUGUCAAAGAGAAAAGUUGAAUAUGAGUCAUUGUGUCUGAAAACUGCAAAGUGAACUUAACUGAGAUCCAGCAAACAGGUUCUGUUUAAGAAAAAUAAUUUAUACUAAAUUUAGUAAAAUGGACUUCUUAUUCAAAGCAUCAAUAAUUAAAAGAAUUAUUUUAAUGAAA